CCCCAGCUCCUAGCAAAAUCUUAAACAUCCCAUUUCCUUCAUUCUCCUCUGACCCUUUCCAGAUCCUGAGCUGAUCUCACACCAUGUCCAUAGUCUCAUGGGGCCUUUAGAGUUAUGCUGAUGUUCCCUCUUUGCUGAACAUAGAGAAUAAUAAAAUGAUAGUAAAGGAAGUUUUCUAUAUUGGAAGCUCAAAAAUACUGAACCUUAAAGUCACCCAGGGCAGAACCCGGAACUGAGCACAGUGCUGUUCACUUAUACAGGAGCAGCAGAAAAUGAACACUUCUCAGGCGUCAGUGUCAUUCGAGGACGUGACUGUGGAACUCUCCCAGGAGGAGUGGCGGCACAUGGGUCCUGCCCAGAGGACCCUGUACCGGGAGGUGAUGCUGGAGAACUACAGCCACCUUGUCUCCGUGGGGUACUGCAUUAACAAGCCCAAGGUGAUAUUCAAGUUGGAGCAAGGAGAAGAGCCAUGGUCUUUAGAGGACAGAUUCCUAAGCCAGAAGUACCCAGGUUAUUACAAGGUGAAGGUCCACAUCAAGGGAAACCAAGACAAACAAGGGACGCCUCUGUGGCAAGUAAUAUUCAUUGAUGAUGAAACACUGAGUAAAGAAGGACAGAAAGUUCUAGAAAAACCAUUUAAUCUGGGCAUAGCUUCACAUUUUUCAGGAAAAAUACCCUAUAAACAUGACUCAUGUCAAAUGAAUUUCCCAGUUAUUUCUGAGUUAAUUAUUAGCGAAGGAGACUGUUCAAGAGAGAAGGCUGAUUACAUGACUGUAUGUGAAAAGUUGCAGCUUGCUGUUAAAUGCAGGGAAGCUCAUGCUGGAGAGAGACCUUAUGAAUAUAAUAAAAAUGUGAAAACUGUCAGUGUUAAGAAAGAUCAGCACCAGAGAUCUCAAACUUUGGAGCACUCUUUUGAAGGCAGCGAGUUUGGAAAAAUUUUGUAUGGUAAGACUGUCUGUCUUACAGUUGAGAGUUCUCUGACUGGACAGCAGUGCUGUGAGGGCAAUGAGCUUAGGAAUCACUGCCAUGAAGCCACUCUGUUUAACCACAGGGGAACUGACAGAAGGGAGAGAUGCUCUGGUCUUAGCGACUGUGGGGACUUCUGCAGCAAAACCACCACUGAGGAGUGCAAUAAAGUUCACCUGGCUGUAACACACGGUGAAUGUCAUGAAAGUGGUAUUGAUUUCUGUGGGCCGUUACCCCUAAUUCAAGCUCAGAGACCUGUUACAGGACAGAGUGCCCUUGAAAGCAAUAAAUGUGAAGAAAACCUGAACCAGAGUCCAGCCCACAUAGUACCUCAGGAAAAGCAAAUUGGAGAUAACCUCCGUGAGUGUAAUGGAUGUACAGACGACUUCUACGCAAAAGUAGACCUUGCAAUACAUCAGCAAACUCCUGAGAAACCCUGCCAGUCUGGUCCGUAUGGGAAAUGCAGGGAAUCUUUCUGCCAGAAAGCAUACCCCAUUCAGCAUCAGAGGGCCCGCUCAGGUGAGAACCCUUGUAAACAUGGGGAAUGUGGGAAAUUCUUUGGUUCACAUCCACACCCUAAUCAGCAUGCUGGAACUCAUGUGGUGUCCAAACUCUGUGAAUGCAAUAAGUGUGGGAACACUUUCUGUGAGAAGUCAAACCUCGGUGAACACUUGAGACUUCACACAAAGGAGAAACCUUAUGCUAACAAUGAUUGGAGGGAAUCUUACACACCACCCACAGUGGGACAGCAGAGGACAGACACAGAGAUGAAGCUCUGCCAAGGCAGUGAGUAUGUGAAAACCUCCACAAUGGGACAUCUCAAAGAGUGUGAGAGAGUUCUCCCAGGAGGGAAGCCCUAUAAAUGUGCUGAAUGUGGGAAAAGCUUCUCCAAGACCUCACAUCUGACUGCACAUCAGAGAACUCACAGGGGCGAGAGACCCUACGAAUGCAUUGCAUGUGGGAAGACUUUCUCUCACAAGACACAUCUCGGUGCACAUCAGAGAACUCACACUGGGGAGAAACCCUAUGAGUGUAAUGAGUGUGGGAAGGCCUUUGCCGAUAACUCAACCCUCAGGGCACAUCAGAGAGUUCACACUGGCGAGAAACCCUAUGGCUGUAACAAGUGUGGGAGAUCUUUUGCCCAUAUUUCUGUUCUCAGAGCCCAUCAGAGAAUUCACACAGGGGAGAAGCCCUAUGGGUGUAACGAGUGUGGGAGAUCUUUUACCUAUAAUUCAGCCUUCAGAGCACACCAGAGAAUUCACACCGGGGAGAAACCCUAUGAGUGUAACGACUGUGAGAAAACUUUUGCCCACAAUUCGGCCCUCCGAGUACAUCAGAGAACUCACACAGGGGAGAAACCCUAUGGAUGUAGUGGGUGUGAGAAGACUUUUGCCCACAAUUCAGCCCUCAGAGCACAUCAGAAAACUCAUACAGGGGAGAGGCUCUAUGAAUGUAACGAGUGUGGGAAAACUUUUUCCCAGAAAACACACCUCAGUACGCAUCAGAGGAUUCACACGGGGGAGAAACCCUAUGGGUGUGGCGAAUGUGGGAAAGCUUUCUCCCAGAAGUCAUACCUCAGUGGACAUGCCAGGACCCACACAGGGGAGAAGCCCUAUGGAUGUGGCGCAUGCGGAAAGAGCUUCGUCUACAAGGCCGCCCUCCUAGUGCACCAGAGGAUCCACAGGGGGGAGAAGCCCCAUGCGUGCAGCCAGUGUGGGAGGAGGUUCUCCCAGAGGACACACCUCUGUGCCCACCAGAGGACCCACACCGGGGAGAAGCCCUACGGAUGUGACCAGUGCGGGAAAGCAUUUGGGGAUCACUCGGCCCUGAGAGCGCAUCGCCGGGUCCACACGGGGGAGAAGCCCUAUGAAUGUCCCGAGUGUGGGAAGGCCUUCUCCAAGACGUCACAUCUCCGGGCACACCUGAGGACGCGCUCAGGGCAGAAGCCAUACGAGUGUCACGAGUGUGGCAAGAGUUUCUCCGAGAAGUCGUACGUGAGUGCACACCGGAGGGUGCACACCGGGGAGAAGCCCUACGCGUGCGGGGCGUGUGGGAAGGCCUUCGCCCAGAAUUCCACCCUCAGGGUGCACCAGAGGGUCCACACGGGCGUGAAGCCCUACGCGUGCGAGGCCUGCGGGAAAGCCUUCUCCCAGAGGUCGCACCUCGGUGCGCACCGGAGGGUCCACACCGGGGAGAAGCCCUACGCGUGUCCCGAGUGCGGGAAGGCCUUCGCCCAGAAUUCUACCCUCAGGGUGCACCAGCGAACCCACACGGGGGAGAAGCCCCACGAGUGCCCAGCCUGCGGGAAAGCGUUUGUCCGCAAGGCUGCCCUGCGGGUCCAUCACGCCAGGAUGCAUGCCAGGGCCAGGUCCCCGCCGAGGAGCGGAUCUGGGAGGUCCCUGGGGAACUCACACCUCACUGCAUGACCUGCAGAAACCGCGCCACGCAGGCUGGCGGAGGGCAUCCCGUGACCGUUCCCUCUUCUGCCAGGCAUAUGAAAUGCCGGAUGAAAUGUCCCUGCCUGCCCUUCAUCCACCUGAGGCUGGCCAGGCCCCUGACACUGAGGAUCUAUGUUACAUUCAAGCCCAGUCCUUAAAAAUCGCCUUGCAUUCUUCUUGGUCCCAGGUAAGAUGGGGCGGAGGUGACUGCCACAGCAGGCGUGGGUGCUGUGUUUGAACAUGGCAGACACGGUGAAGGACGCUAGUAACUGGACAGUUCUCCUCUUCCAGGUCUGCAGCACCUGACUUAAAAAAAAAAAAAAAAAAGCAAGAAUAAGUGUGUCAUG